GUUUUUUAUUUCACGUUGGUUUCUAUGGCUUCACGAGGAAGUAACAAGGCGCAAAAAUUGCCGCGAUUUUGGGGCCUGAUAAGUAGCCGUGCAUCUGGACUCCAGGAUCAGCAGUGUUUAUUGAGAGAGAGGGACAGGCUGCAAGAUGCCACCUGUGUCUGAAGUGGACACAGGUCCUGUUGAAGAAAGCUCCGGGGGUCUUACGCGGUCAGAUUGCGUGUGCCCCAUUUGUCUGGACAUACUCCUGGAGCCGGUCACCUUGCCCUGCACACAUACAUUUUGCAAACCCUGCUUCCUGGAGACAGUGGACAAGUCUAACAUGUGCUGCCCGCUUUGCCGAAAACGUGUUUCCACUUGGGCACGACUCCAUAGCCGGAACAAGACUUUGAUCAAUAUGGAGCUGUGGAAACGCAUACAGAAUGCUUUUCCUGAGCAGUGCGAGCGGAGAUUACAGGGGAUCGAAGAUGAUGAUGUUAGCGUCAUGAUUCCAAAACCUCGGGUGUGUCAGCCGGGUGAACUGAGAAGAGAGUAUGAGGAUCAGAUCAGUAAGCUGGUGGAGGAGAAGCGAGCUCUGGAGGACGCCGAGAGGAGAGCCAGUGAGGAAUACAUCCAGCGCCUUUUAGCUGAGGAGGAGGAGCCGCUGGUGGAGGCCAGGAGAAGACAGGAGGAGAAGCAGCUAGAGGACGAUGAGAGAUUGGCCAGAUUGAUUAGCCAAGAGCUGAAUUCAGGACCAAUCCCUGAAUCAUCUUGGAACAUCAAGCCUGUUGAUCCUACGCCAGUGAAGAAAAAGAAACCAAAUGCAGGGGAUAUUGAGAAGUUUCUACGUCCAGUGCCACAUAAACAGUCGACCAGUUCUGAGAGCAGCCCAAACUCUUCACUUAUGGCUAAUAAGGAAAACAUUCUGAACCCUCCAAAAACCCUCUUGUCAAACUCUCAAGAGGACACUGACGAGGACAUGCCAGUGCUGGAUUACUAUGGCAAACCUUCAACCUCAAACUCUCAUCCCAGCUGCUCGGAACAAACUUUCAACAGUCCCAACAACACUACAGCCAAACGGAAGAGUUCAGAGACGGAGGUCGAACUCGAAGCUUAUCUACUCAACAAGAGACCGUGUUCAGAUCCACACUUUGAACUCCCUCCAGCCGAAAGCUCCGUCCUGUCAGAGAUGACAUGGUGCGAGGAAUCCAUGCGAAGCCGCUGGCAACAAGAGGAGGAGGAUCGACGGCUGGCGAUGCGACUCCAGAGGGAACUGAACCGCGAUUACUCCGUGGACCGCAGGAAGGGUUCGGCCGACGGCUAUCAGCUCAGGCAAAAAAACAGCACGGCUUCCACGAGCUCAAACCCGGAUGAGGAAAACACAAAAGGAAAAAGUGCAAAGAGCUCCACAGGACCGAGGGAGGACAAGGAGAAAGCUAUUAAGAAAUUGUCUGGAACAGGCACCCACCUAGUGGCAACGACCUCUGGGAAGAGUCCUGUGUCCUCUCCAACAUCAACAACAGUCCAGUCCACUCCUCUGAAGAAGGGAACUAAGCAGACCACCCUUACUGAGAUGUUUCCCAACAUGGGCAGCUGAAGCUGUCCUCUCUUGUGUAAGACUGAUUUAUUUUACACCCGAGACUACAAAUCAUAACAGAUGAUGUAAGAUGCAUUGCUGCUACUGAAAGAUGCUGUCCAGUCAUAGCUUUUCAAUUUCUUCCUGUAUGUUGCUAAUACCCCUUUGGUGCCUUUUCAAGCUGUCAUUUUGGGAGGAUGAUACUGUUAAGUCAUGAUACAAUAGUUUUAUUACUAAAAGCAUUGAUCAGGUGACUAGUUAAGAGUUUAAAAUAGUAUGAAUGCUGUAAAAAAAGUUGUACACGUUUUAUUUGUACGCAUUUGCAGAUGUUUCACACUUAGUUUCAAUAAAAUAUUAGUUUA